GCUCUGAGCUGUCAGCACAGAGCCUGAUACGGGGCUCGAACCCACGGACCGUGAGAUCAUGACCUGAGCUGAAGUCAGGCGCUCAACCGACUGAGCCACCCAGGCGCCCCUAAAAUACAACACUUUGGUUUUUGUGUUCAUGAAGUAAGCAAAAAAGUGAAAUAAAGAGCCACCUGGAAUAAUUCACAUUUUUCUUUGUGUUUAGUAUGUGUGUGUGUGCGGGUACGUGCACAUAAGGUGUAAUUUACUUGCAAGUUACUCUGAGUUUCUCCUUUAUUUUCCAGGAACGUCUUGAAGACAGUUGCAUUGGGUCAGAUGUUGUCCUUGUGUAUAUGCGGGACGGCCAUUACCAGCCAGUACCUGGCAGAAAUAUACAGAGUCAACACGCCCAUGCUUCAGAGCUUUAUCAACUAUUGCCUGCUGCUUCUGUUUUAUACGGUGAUGCUGGCAUUCCAGUCAGGUAGUGAUAACCUUCUGCACAUCUUGAAGAGAAAAUGGUGGAAGUACGUCCUGCUUGGACUAGCGGACGUGGAAGCCAAUUACCUGAUUGUCAGAGCGUACCAGUAUACGACUCUAACCAGUGUCCAGCUUUUGGACUGCUUUGGGAUUCCUGUGUUGAUGGCGCUCUCGUGGUUUGUUCUUUAUGCAAGAUACAGAGUGAUCCACUUGAUUGCUGUAGCUGUCUGUCUGCUGGGCGUGGGGACGAUGGUCGGUGCUGACAUACUCGCAGGGAGAGAAGACAAUUCAGGUAGUGACGUGCUGAUUGGUGACAUCUUGGUCCUUCUUGGAGCUUCUCUCUAUGCUGUUUCUAAUGUGUGUGAAGAGUAUAUCGUGAAGAAGCUGAGCAGGCAGGAGUUUUUAGGAAUGGUGGGCCUAUUUGGAACCAUUAUCAGUGGCAUACAGCUAUCGAUCGUUGAAUGUAAGGAUAUUGCCAGCAUUCAGUGGGACUGGAAAAUCGUUUUCGGGGCUCUACCUCCUGUCCUUCACCGUCAUCAUGGUGGGGUUCGUCCUCUACUGCUCUACCCCCACGCGCACAGCCGAGCCGGCAGAGAGCAGCGUGCCGCCCAUCACCAGCAUCGGAAUCGACAACCUAGGACUGAAGCUCGAGGAGAACCUGCAGGAGACCCCCUCGGCCGCCUUGUAGCUGGACAAGAAGGGGCGCACACGCCUGAGGCUUCCUGGGAAGCCGGGAGCCGUCGCCGGGGGCAAGCAGAGCCCGCUGAGCACCGAGGGGACACUUGGAAAAUUGGUAGGUGGGGAGUGAGCCCCGUAGCAUUGGACUGGAUCCAGUGGUUAAAUUUUACAAAGGAAUACAAAAUAAUGUAUCAAAAGUAGAACUAUGAAAAUAGAACAGAAGACAGGGUGGCUUGGAUCGUGUCUCUGUUUGAGAACCAAUACCUGUUAGUGUCAGGGAGACAAGCUGUGUCCCCGUACUGGGGUCUCGGAGGCACAGGUGGGAGAGCAUUGCGGGGAGACAACCAGGCACGAUCCAGCCUCAGGACAGGGCCUGAAAGUGGGCUGUCCAGCGGGGCUGGGCAGUCAGAAGUUGGGGGAGUCGGUGUGGUUUGGGGUAGGUUUCCACAGUUAGAGGCUUCUGGGUUUUGUCUCGCUGAGACAGUCGUUGUCCACAAGCCUUGUGGCCUUUAUACCACAGUGAGGUCUGGUGAUUGCAUAUGGCGGCAUGGGUGGGGUAGCCCUUGAGAAAUCCCGAGAUACAAGUGUGAGUAUCGUAGAUGUAGGAAAGAAGGGUCCAUACAGUAGACUGAGGAACCCUCUCUCUGUUGUUCAAAGAGGGUGCCACACUACUUCUCACCAAGUGUUUGUAACGUGCCAUGAGACAUCAUCUAUCACUAUGCCACUUUACAAAGACUGUGUAUGUAAACUUUUUUCUAAUGUAAUAAAGAAAUUGAGGGUAAAUGUUCAUGUUAUUAAAAGAUUUUGAUGUCAUGGAAA